AUGGCCGUGAAAGCGCCAUCCGCGGCCUGGGCCUGGCUGGCCUGGCUGCUGCUGGGGGCGGGCUGGGUCAUCAUGCUGGCUGGCGUGUCGGCCCUGCAGGAUGACUGUGGCUCCAGCAACGUGAACGCUUUCGGCGUGGCCGGCACGGCGGGCUACCUGGCACCCAUCAGCUGCGACGACUUCUAUAAUUAUGCCUGGUGGCACGUCUGGUACACCUUUGCCAUGCUCUUCAUCCUGCCUGUCUUCCUGGCGGCGGGCUGGGUCCACAAGUGGCGCGUGGGCCUGAUCGGGCUGCUCAUCCCGCUGGUGGUGCUGCUGCAGUACACCUGCGACACGUUCCUGGGCCUGUGGGAGACGGGGCCACAGGGCGGCAGCCAGGAGGCGCGGGCCAAGGUCCUCUUCUCCGGCUCCCUCCUCUCAUGCAUCGCCAUCUACUCCCUUAUCAUCCUGUUUGGCGUGUAUGAUGAGCGCUCGCGGCCUCCAGACGUGCGGGUGUGA